AUGCUCGUUUAUGGAUGCUUAGAAUCACCUGAAAUAUUUUAUGAAUUAGAUUGCUCAUUUGUAUGUGUUCAGAAAGAAACCAAAAAAGAUAAACGAGAUAAAUUCGUCGGUAAAGACUAUGGACGUCUGUUGAAAAAAGUGGAGAAACGAGACCAAAGGAUCGCGAGUAUAAGAGAGAAGAAUCCUGAAAAAGCUGAAAAAAUUGAGGAGAACAUCAAGUGGAAAAAUGCAAUGAGUCGAAUUGAAGGCGUUAAAGUUAAGAUGGAGUUGGAUGAACGGAAAAUGAAAUUGUGUUUAUAUUCAUCCACUUAUCAGGAUAACGCACAGUUGCUGAAGAGAGGUAUGAAAAGAAAGGAGAAAAUUCACGAACAACGUAAGCACAAAUGGGAUAAGCGACUGGAGACGGUGGCGGAUAAACAGUCGAAACGACAAGAAAAACGCGAUACAAAUCUGCAGGCGCGAAGAGAUGUAGUCAAAAAGAAGAAACUCGAUAAAGCAAGGAAGAAAGGACGAAUCAUUAGCUGA